AUGUCUGUUGCAAGACUCCAAGACCUGCCUGUCGAGGUACUCCUGCUACUUGUGGAGCAUGCCACCAAUGACAACAACAACCGCGACAGCGACAGCGACAGCAACGACAGCACCGAUGGCGUUAGCGAUGGCCACCACAACAGCGACAAUGUCAAAAGCAAAACCCGUCAGCAUCUUUUCAGCAGCCUGAUUCGACUCAAUCGUCGCUUCCACAAUAUCUUUGAGCCUCUCCUUUACCGAGCCGCGAUUGAAACCGAGAAUAACGCCAUCACCACUCUGGCCGCUGGAGAUGGUAACCUGGACACCUUGAAGAAAGCCGUCGAGUAUGGGGCAGAUCUGAACUCUGUCAGCUGGGUUCCAAUUCCAAACUGGUCCCCCGGCGGCGACUUUGGCACGGACUUGCGAAAUGAAGAGGAAUGCAAAGACACAAGCUGGGGCAUCUGCUGGGCAACGCCCCUUCACACGGCUGUGUGCGAAGGCCACUACGACGUUGUCAAAUACCUCUUUUCCAUCGGAGUUGAUGUCGACGUUCCGGGCAAGCUUCUCUGCGGCUGUCUAUCCAUGGGCGAAAUUGUGGCCGGGUUGGAUAUAGAUUGGGUCCCAGAACGAUGGGAUGGAAUGGCCAUCGCGUCAGGAGUUUGGACCCCGCUUCAUUAUGCCAUCUGCCGCAGGAAAUGCUCCGUUGCUCGCUUGUUUAUUUCUCAAGGAGCAUCAUUGGACACCACGCGCUAUCCUUUACGCGACCAGAUUCCACGGGACAACGGCAUCGCUUCGCUCUUCGGUCUCAAUCUCACCAAACCCGAGAAAUCGGCAUCGAUCCGCGACCGUCUCGGUACACUCAUCUGCAGUGUUGGAACAUCGGGGCCAUUGUUCAAUGAUCAUGAAGAAGAGGUCUUUCGUGAUGGCUACGGCGGGAGGGAGGCCCACGCAGACAGCGUCGCGGCUCUUCACACGGCCGUGGCUGUCAACGACCUAUCAAUGAUUCGUCACCUCGUUGUCGACUGUGGCUUCGACAUCAACACCAAGGAUGGUGGCAGUGCUACUGCUCUCCACUACAGUCUGGCAGCGAAUAGUAUCAAGACUGUGCGCUACGUGUCGUCUCUUGGUGCAGAUCCCAACACUUAUCUCGACAUCGCCUGCCAUCCUGUAGUCGAUAGUGCCGCAGCUUGGCUUGUGUCCUACGAUAGGUCCUUAGUGUUUAUAAACGAGAGAGCUUCCAUACCUCUUUGGACUUUUAAGCGCGCCGGCAACCGGCUCACAAGAGCCGAAUUCAUUUCUCAAGCUCUCGCAGCGCUUCUUGACCACGGCGUCUCCUGCUGGGCGGGAGACAACAUGGGCAGUUAUAAGUGCCUAGCGCUGUACCAAGCCCAGGCUGACAUUGCGCCACGUAGCAGCCGAAAGCAUGUCUAUGACAGCUGCUUCAAGAGAUUCUUACAGGGUGCAAUGACGGAGUACGACUCCGCGGUAUGUUGGGAUCUGAAAGCAUCGGUCAUGGAGCUCUUCUUCCAGAUUUUGAUUUGCGAAAACUUUGACAACACUAUCGAACUUCUCGACACCAUCGUCAACGCGGCAGGUCCGAUCGACUUGUCCGCCACUAUCAUCAAGCAAACAAAAUCACGAGAGUACGGCGCCGACCUGAAUGCCGUUACCUGGGUGCCAUUUCCUUCCUGGGCACAUACGAAGGAUGCACAUGGAAAAGAUGUCACAUACCGUUGGGAGAUGUCGGAGGAUGCCAGCGAUGAUUUUGGUUUUGCCUGGGCGACACCUUUGGCCAUGGCCGUCUGUGAGGGCCACUACCAUGUUGUCAAGUACCUCAUGACUCUCCAUGUUGACGUCGACGUUCCAAGCAAGUUGUUCUGCAAGUGCCACAUCGCCAACGAAAUCCUUGAAGACUGGCGGUCACCUCCUAGGUCGCCGGUUGGUCCACCCUGGGUUGAGGCGGUUUCUUAUACUGGGGUCUGGACCCCGCUUCACUUCGCCUUGUGUCGCAAGAAGACAUCCAUCGCGCGUCUGCUCAUCAGCUACGGCGCUUCGUUGACCAAUACGAGAUACCCCGUCCGGAGUCAGAUCCCCCGCGGAAACGGCAUCGCAUCACUCUUUGGUGUCGGAUCCGUCGAUAACCAGGAAGCAGCCACCAUUAGGAAGCGACUAGGCCCUCUGAUUCACAGUCUUGGUCUGCUUGAAAGGGUGGAGGCCAAGGACACGGACUCAGAAACCGACCACGAAGACAGUGAAUCUGACGCUGAUAUCUUGGAUGAUUCUGACGCCGAUAUUUCGGAUGAGUCCAACUCUGAAAUCAGGGAUGAUGACUGGGAUUAUGAUGUAGGCGAAAUUGGCCACGCCAUUCACACUGCAGCUGCGAACGGGAAUGAGGCGAUUCUUCGCCGUCUCGUAUUGGAUCACAACAUCGACAUCAACCAGAAGGACAGACUGGGAGCUACUGUUCUGCACUACGCCCUGAAGACCGAAAGUGUCGAAACGGUACGGUGUGUUUUGUCUUUCGGCGCAAACCCCAAUGUACCUCUCGACAGAUUUGGAAACGCCGCAGAAUGGGUUUUAUUCUUAAACUAUUCACGAAAGUGGGCAACAAAUCACUUGGACCAGAUCAUGCAGGCGCUCUUGGACAGCGGCGUAUCUCUGUGGACACAACGACGCAAUGACAUGGCGCAACCGGGUGAAAUGUCCAUGACGAUCAACCUGUGCACCGACUGGUUGCCGGGAUACGACUUUACAUAUGCUUACAAUGGAUGGCUGGAGAGGUUCAUACUUGGUUCUAUUGCCAAGUACGACGAGAAUCACCAUCGGAAGUUAAAGCGGGAGAAGAUGGACCUCUUCUGGUCCAUUCUGUUGAAUUACUAUAUCCCCGUUAGGGCUCUCGACGAAUUGAUCCAUUACAUAGGCCAUAUCGAUUUGAUGGAGCUUCUAUCCGAGGAUACUGCACCUCCGGGUGACGAUGUGGUUUCCGAUGUGGUUUCCGAUGGGGUCACGAUCGGCGCGCAAGCGUUCCAGAGCUUGAGAGAUGCCAGCUACUCUCUAUGGGGAGGGACGGAAAGGCACCGGCGCUCUAUUCUUGGACGAAUUGAAUGGAUAUCGAAACAAGGAGUCCCGAUAUCGAACAAGACUCUGUGCCUCAUCAUUGGACUCAUUAGAAAGGAACCGCAAGGAUGGGACCCGGAGUCCUGGUAG